CCCACAUUGAGCAGCACCGACUCCUGCAUUCUCACAAAACUACGGGAGACCACUUCAUUUACGAAGAACAAAACUCUGGAGGAACAAAAACACCUCUGCCUCGUCUCAUCAGACGACCGGGUGAAGAGACGUCUUGAGGAGCGCAGGACCGCAGGUCCACUGGAGUGACAGCGGUGGGCGUUUCUCGCACACUUGUAACAGUAGAAGAAAAGCAACAGCGCCCCCAUGUGUUGGUUUGAGUGAUCAACAGCACAUCCUGCUGUUCUCUGCUGGAAUGACCUUCCCAACUCAAUCCGAGCAGCUGAGUUAGCUGUCUUCCAGAAACGGCAAAACACAUCUCCCUCUCUAUUCUAUUUCUAUUUUAUCUACUUGUUUUCUUUUUAUUUAUUACUAAAAAAAAAUAAAAAAUAAAAACCUUACUACGUGUACUGCGUUAGAUAACUGAUAUUUGUCACAGAACUAACAUAUUAUAAAUAAAUGACUAGUCUUCAGUGCAUCAGUUUGCUUAAGAUGGUAAAUGAAACUAGAUUCAGAAGAAGGGCAGAUAACAUUUACGUUCACAUUUAGUCAUUUAGCAGACACUUUUAUUCAAAGCGACUUACAAAUGAGGACAAAAGAAGCAAUCAAAACCAACAAAAGAGCAAUAAUUUAGUUAGCUAGCUAGUCCCGGCCAUGGGAAAUUCUAAAUUUUCUAAAAUGUUCUACCCUUGUUAUGUACACGUAUUUGCAUUGCUUUGACCGUUCUCUGUGGAUCCUUCUCACAUGCCACAAUAGGUCGAUAAUUGCCUGUGCAUGCAUAUUGAUCAAAUUACUUUUCAGGCAUUAUACCUUCAGCAAGUAUGAAAACAAAGCCAAAUACUGGACAUUUUAUGCAAUUUAGAAGUCCCUGUCAAGACAUGUCCAGGGAUGUCAUGAUUGUUUAGAUCAUACUUAAUGACAUAAAUCAGAUAAUUAAGUGUUUUAUUAAUUUAUUUUUUUGGCUCAGGAUAACAGGUGAGCACCGUGUGUGAAUUCAGAGUCAGUAUAGGCCUACAUUUCAGCAGUGCUGUAACGCACAAACAGGCAAAUGGUGAGAUCUAAAUCAUCUGCUCUAGUUCAACAGCAAGUCUUAUCUAUGUUUGGACUACUAUUACACAGUAACAGUACAGUCAAUAAAACACAGUGGCACAUCUCUCUUAGAGAGAGUUACACUAGUGUGUGGCCUGGGUCAAAGGUCAUCCAGUCAUGUGACUAGAUAUCUAUAUCCUGAUUCAAGAAGUGAAAGCUUUACUUCAUAUCUUAGUACAUUGGGACUAGAGUUUGCUAUGAAGGAGAGCAACUUUAUGGUCUAAAUAGUCUUUGCCUAUAAGCGACUGAGGAGAAGUGCAUCACCAGCAGGACGGGAGUCAUUGGAAACUUCAGAAAUCAUGGUGGAAUGUCAGAAUGGAAUGUCAGUGGAUUUGUUCCUGCAUUGCUCUCUUGUUCCUGCUGUCUGCAUUGUGUUUCUGCUCUCAUUUGUACAGCGCAGAGCGAAGGCUCAGCCCUUUGAGCAUCACUUUCCAUAUCUCAGGGGUCGAUUUGGUAUUGUGGUGCCAUUGGAUUUCAUUUGCAGUCUAAGUAACCGAUGGUCUUAUGGUUUUGCAUUUGGUGCUAUUGCUCCCAGUGUGAUUCAGCUUUUCUCUGAGUCCUACACACCGUUUACUGUGCCUAACUGGGCUAAAGCCAUUGUGUACCUGGUAGGAGCAAUAGAAGUUGGUGUGGCCUACCUGCCGUUCUUUGCUUGUCUUUCAACGCCACACCGGUUACUAGGAGGGGUUUUAGGUCUUCUUUACACACUCACGUGGCUCAUUGUGAGACUGUAUGACACGAUAAGCUGUCCCUCUGGAAGGUUGCAGAUUUUAGGUCCUUAUGAGAAAUUGAUCAUCCUGUGGCCGUUCUUCCUGUGUCUGUUUUUCCUGCUGGGACGGUUUGUGUAUAUCAUUGUGAAGGCAGUGAGAAUCCACCUGCAGCUGCAAACCGAAGAGAAUGAGGAGGAUCUAAACUUCCAUCAGUUCAUAUAUGUACAGACUCUACUGAAACGCCCUCCUGCACGGCCGGAGGAAAAGAGUUGGUUUCGAAGGAAAGUGUAUGACUGGGAUCCUCAAUUUAAAUUCCCUAACAGGAUGAUUGGCACAUCCAUUAUCUCUUUGAUUGGCUUGUACACGUUGACACUAGCAGACUACAGCUUGAGUGACUUCACCUUUGACAAACUAGAUAGUUUGAUAGACUCGCUUGCAGAGAUUGCAUCGUCCUGUAAUGAAACAAACAAUGUGUUCAUGUCACUCGUUCCCAGGAUGAAAGAGUUCAGCUUUGUUGCAAGAAGGUCUUGGUUGGCAACAACAAUUUUUUCCACUCUGACAUCUGUUACUUACACUUUUCACGUGCUAGUAUGUUACAGGAAACAUUUAAAGAGGUUGUGGAGGGGACAGAAAACUUUUCUUCCAGAGAAAUUCCAUAAACCAAGCCCUGCUGUUAGCGUGGCUGCUAUAACAAGAUAUUCAGGCUGGCAGAUUGCCUUCACCAUGUGGGGGUUUCUGAUAGUUCACUUUAUGCAGUUUCUGUUUGCCUUGCUGUUUGUGUAUGGAGUCGUUUUACCAAUCCAGAAGGGACACUUUCUCAGCUGGCUUUCUAGUGUAGGCAUCAUUCUGCUUACAAUACUCUUAGUGAUAGCCUUGGUGGUAGGGCAGAUUAUUCUGGUCCAAGUGUUUUUCCUGCAGGACAAACUCUCACCUGACGACAAAGAAAAGCCCCUUGCACUCAACAACAGAAAAGCAUUCCACUGCUUUAACUACUUUUUCUUCUUCUAUAAUGUGGUUAUGGGGUUGAGCAACUGCAUUUUGCGCCUUUUAAGCAGCUGCAUUGUGGGUACAUGGCUGGUAUCACGCAUUGAUCGGACCAUCAUGCAGCGGGGCUAUGAAUCCAUGGAUCCAGGAUACAGUACAUGGAUUGGGAUGAUAUUUGCUGAUCAUUAUCAUAGCAACCCAGUUAUGGUCUCGUUCUGCCAUCUGCUGCUUGGAAGAACACUGGAGAAACAAGGACCCGCAGUGACCUCCUAUGCAACUUUUAGCAAUAACACAGGAUGUUCAGUAGGGUGCAGAGUACGUGUGCGCUGGCUCCUGCUGUACACACUGCUGAGGAACCCUGCUCUCAUCCUGCUGAGAAAGAGAAAAAAACUGAACCAGAACGACAACCAAGACCCACUCCUCUUAGCCCGAUCCAUCACCUCACAGGCUCAACAAGCACCUGAACCGGUCAACAAUAAAACUGCAGAAACAGAACCAACACAUUCAGACAUCUGAAAGAGCUGGAGCUCCUGAAACCAGUUUCUCAGUGUGAACACAGACUCCAUGAUUCAAAAUUGGAGUUUUGUGUCUGUGACUAUUGCACUACUGGCAAAAUGAACUUUUAGGGGCUAUAGACUUUGAAACAUUUUGUCUUUCCUUUUUGAUACAAAGGGCAAGAAUGAGAAUCUACCUUCCUAUAAUACGAAACUGCACUCAUCAAAGCCAUUACAUGGGGUCUCGAAGACUGAAUUUUAGCAGAGAACUGGACUGAGAAAAUGCUACAUUCGAGGUCUAAUGCUUUAUGUGAGCUUCAGAAACAAAUUUGAAUGAUUACGUGUUUGUUGGUCAAAUAGUGUUUUGUAAUAAAGAAUGUGAAAGCUUUGUUUGGGUGAAUUAAUUUUAAGGUUUAUGUAAAAAAAGUGGUAUUACCAUAGUGUUUUAUUUACCAAAGUUUUCUAAGUCCAUGAAUAUUGUGUUGCUAUGUUUAGAAUUAACUUCUUUU